UCCUUGAGCUCUCUCACACUCCCCAUUGGCGUCGCUCUCUCGAUAUUCGUAAGAGGUCAACUUGAAAUUAAUGCAAUACCUUGUCUUUUUAUCUAGCAAAGACACAUUGUACCAUUACCAGUGUUAUCGGUCUUCGUAUGUUGUUCCGUUGUUCUGCGAAGCGGUUAACGUUUGGCCAAAAGCUACCAGUUUUUGUCAGUAUCACGCUUGCUGCUUUAUAAUUUCAUAAGUUUCAUUGUCGGAUACAGGACGUCCCUCAGGUACCCAACAUGCCUGUUGACUGGGUUGGAUAUGGCUAUGCUGCCCUUAUUGCAUCAGGUGGAAUUAUGGGUUAUGUAAAGAAAGGCAGUAUGCCCUCCCUGGCUGCAGGCCUUCUUUUUGGGGGAGUAGCAGGGUUGGGUGCUUACCGGACCACUCAGGACCCAAAGGACAUUUGGGUUUCUCUAGCUGCUUCUGGAACCCUGGCUGGUAUUAUGGGAAUGAGAUUUUUUAAAUCGAAGAAGUUCAUGCCAGCUGGCCUCAUGGCAACAGCAAGUAUCCUCAUGGUGGGGAAGAUUGGUGUUGGCAUGCUACAGAAGCCCCAUGAAUCAUAAUGAUGAUGUAAAAAGACACUGUCCUCAAUGUGAAAUGUUAUGUAUCCUCUUUUGUUACUUUAAAGUCAAAAUAAAUAUAUGGAGCUUUCCUAUUUCUUGUUUGAAAACUGAAAA